CGCUGAUAUGAUGUCACAAAUUCAAAAAAUUACAAGGCUUCACAUACAGUUCUGAGAGUGACCUCACGUAAGUAUUGAACAGAAGUUCAAGGAAAAUAGAAAAAGACUGCUUAAAGCGAAGUUGUGUAUUGAAUGAGUUAAUUCGUCAGCAUCGGAGUGAACGCACGCCGCUUGACGGAAUGCUGAUCAUGAAACAAGCCAAGAUCUAUCACGACGAAGUGAAACUUUAAGUGACGUGCUGCUGUCAGGGUGUCGAACCAACAGUGUUGUGCGGCGGUCACCAAUGGUCCUAUAUGCUACCCCUUCAUUUCCACUGACUGACUGAAAAGGACUCACGCAGGCGAAAGUACUGGCACCGCACUAUUCCUUCAUCUAUUGAUGGCUUCUCCUUGCUGAAAAUAAAAUUUCAGAACCAUAAAGAAAUAUGAACUACUAAAUCAAAAACAGAACAUGAUGGCAAAAUGCACUGAAGAUCAAUCAGAAUCUGGGAAAUAAUUGAAAAGUUCUAAUGUCAGGGCGGCUCAGAAAAUUGAGUGCCUCAUCCUUUUUUGAAUGCAAUUUAUAUUUGCGGAGACCUGGCGGAUACCUGUGAAGAAAGAUGGGCAAUUCCGAGAGUCACCCUGUGCAGGGAGUCUGGCAAAGUCAAUUUUCGGCUGAAGAACAGACAUUUCUGGGUGAUCUUUUUAAGGUUAUGUGUGGAUCCAAUACCACUGAAGAAACAAAGGGUGGAAAAGCUCCCAAGCAGCAGCUUACACUCGACAUGUUAAAGGCCUAUAUUGAUGGAGUAGUAACAGGACGAAUGAUUAUUCGAAUGUACAAUGGAAUGAGGAACAUUCAUCCAAUGAAAAAGUCAAACGUCGCUGACUCUGUAAGCAAGAAACAGUUUCUUUCCUUUCUUUAUUACACCAUGCGAGGCUGCGUGGAAGAAAGAAGUUUUGUCGUUAUGCAUAUGAUUUCCAGUGAACCUGACAGCCUUGUAACAGGGAGGCAAGUAAAAGAGUUCACAGAGGAUAUGAUCGUAUCAGUGAUCCACUUAUUAAAUGAAGAGAAGAUGCUAAUGGGUUGGAGCUUGGAGAAAACUGGAGAUUGCAUUUUGGGUACAUCGCGUCUGACUGCUUAUCUGAUGGCAGAGUUGAAGGCUAAAGGAAAAGAUCUAUCUGUGGAGCAUUUGCAAACUGUAGAACUUGGACAGGAUGCCUUAAAGGAUUGGAUGUGCAGAGCCUCUCUGAUCGUUAGUUUUCUCCAUGCACUGGUUGCUCUGGCUCUUCAUCUUACAAAAUCAGAGUACCAAGGUGAACUCUUCAAUCCAAACCAGAUGCUGCCACUGUGUUUGGGUAUAGAAUAUUCUGGGAUAUUUACUGUUUUGGAUAUCCCUUCUGUCAUUUAUCUCAAACCCAACUUGCCUUCAAGGAACCAGAGACAAUGGAAGCUGUUGUUCUCCUCUCAAGCCCACGGGGAAAGUUUUUCUCGUCUUUCCACUCAGAUUAUUCACAAAGGACCAACGUUGUUGGUUGUGAAGGAUUCACUUGGAUACAUCUUUGGUGGUUUUGCCUCCUGCAGCUGGGAGCUGAAGCCACAGUUCCAAGGGGAUAGCAGAUGCUUUUUAUUUACUCUUAAUCCAAAGCUGGGGAUCUACAGCUGUACGGGAUACAAUGAACACUAUAUGUACCUGAAUGUUGGCCAGCAAACCAUGCCAAAUGGACUUGGCAUGGGAGGGCAGCACAAUUACUUUGGAUUGUGGAUUGACAGUAACUAUGGUAAAGGUCACAGCAAAGCCAAGCCACGGUGUACAACUUACAAUAGUCCUCAGCUGUCUGCCCAGGAGCAUUUUACUAUCGAUACCAUGGAAGUUUGGAUGGUGGGAAAUCUCCCUGCAAGUGAUCUGUCUAAAACCAAGAGUGUACUGGACACGGACCCUGAAGCUCAGGCCUUGUUGGAAAUGAUUGGAAAGACGAGGGUGAGUGAUGGACUGCGAGAUCCUGGUGGAGAUGAAGAGAAAGAAUGAAGUGAUUCCUGAAGAUCAAGUGCAGAAUAAAUAGUAUGAUGUCACCAUUAUUCCUUAGAAGAGGAGAAAUCCUAAAUGAACCAGCUGAUAAAGACAAUCUUCUGUUUAAGAAAUAAUAAUCAAACAAAACGCAUUAAAAGAUUUGCUUAUUUUUAUGGCAGAAGCAUCGUCAAUUGAUUCCUGAGCUGUGUUUUAUGCAAGGUAACAGCAAUUAGAUGAUUCUGAUCUGAACAUAACAGAUUUGCAGGAAAACAGGAGGAAAGGAAGAUCUGGGUACUUUUUCAGAGCAAGAAAUUCCACCUAAGUUAUUCUACCUAUUUCAGUAUAUUUCACCCAUCACCUAACUGAGUAGCGCAAAUUGAAUUUGUUGCGAUUGUUAAGGCAUAAAUUGCUAAGGAUGCAAAUAUGUGUACCAAAUUAAUAUUUGUCUUGGAUGGGAGGCUUCAGAUUUGUAGUAGAUUUUCUAUAUUUAAUCGACAAUUUCAUGAUAUGGAAUUUAAUUACAUUGUACUGUGAUUAAUACAACACUACUAACUGCAAAGUGUUUCAUUUAAUACUGCUUCAUUUAAUAAUGAUUUAAUCUGUUUUCAUAAGUGUCUUCACAAAGUUGAGUAUGUUUAAAAAAGACUAUAUUCAUGCUCAGUAUUGAAACAUCUAUGUUUGUUCUAUAAAAUGGUUUUAUUUAUGACAUUUCUGGGAUGGUAUCAAUGCAAUUAGUGAUUCUCAUCUUUUUAUGAAUAUUCUUACAUUAAUUCUCAAACUAGCUCAUGAAUAUCCGUUAUCCAUAACCUAUAGUUUCCCUUUAUUGCUCCUCAUUUUCUUCUGUUUGCUGACUUCCACAUUUGCAGGAGUCAGUAUAAUGUGCAUCAUGAGGAAAUAGAGGAUCUGAUUUAGAAGAACCACUAACAGGAUGCAUAAUGAACAGGCCAUCCUGCCUUUUGAACCAUUAUCAAGGUCAGGGCUGAUCUUAUACCUUUGUGCCAUUUCCUGAAUUUCUCUAUAUCCUAUGAUUCCCUUAGCAUCCAGGAAUCUUAUCAACGUCUCUUUUGAAUUAAUUCUAUGACAGAGUCUUCACAGUUCUCUGUGACAGUGAUUCAUCACAUUCUGAGUGAAGAAAUUUCUCCUCAGCUCAGCUGUAAUGUGCCUUUACCUUGGUCUACAACCUGACCAGCAUCCAGGGAAACAUUCUUCCUUCUUCCAGCCUGUCCUAUAGGAAGUUUGUAAGUUUCACUGAAAUCUCCUCUAAAUCUGUAGGGUAUACAGAAAACAUCUACUUAAUCUCUCUUCACCUGUUACCUGAGGAAUCACUCUGGUGCCUCUUAGUUGCUUUCAGUUUAUGAAUAGUACAACAUUUCUUUGGUAAGGAAAUGAAAAGAGUAUCCAGGUAUGCUCACACCAAGGCCUUGGUCUUUGCAUUAAGAUUUCCCUAAUUUUUGUAUUCAAAUACUCUUGUAAUAAAGGCUAACACACUAUUAACUGACAUAAUGUCUAGUUGCACCUAAAUGUGGUGUUUUGAACAACAAAACAGCGAAAUUUCUCAGUUUUUGGUUUGAAUUAAUGUUACAUUGAAUAUGACAAAUAGGAUCAAGUGCAUGGAUAGAAAUGGAGUAAAAUCUAAAAUACAGCACUUGUUAUAUUGAAUUUGAACUAUUAAACCCUGCUUUCUGUAGUCAUAACUGAAAUACCACAAUGUGUUAGCAAUAGAGAGAAUGGUAGAGAUAGGAUUUUAUAAUAACACAGGACAUUUGGUCCAUUGGUUCCAUUAUGGCUUCUAGGGGAGAAAUUACAACUGUUCCAUUGUCCCUCUCUAUCUCCCUGUAUUCACUUAUUGUCUCUCGCCCAUGUCCAUCAAUGCCCUUUUGAUUCUUUUUGACAUUAACCUACUCUGAAGAUUAACUUACAGUAAUUGAUGAACCUAACGUGCAUUCUUGGGAGGAAGCUGGAGGACCUGCGGGCAACCACUGGGGAAGUGUGCAGAUUCUGUCCAGACAGUACACAAGGGUAAGAUUGAAUAGAUGCAAGUCAGCAGCAUUAACAAUUGCAAAAUCAUGCUGUCCUAAGCGCGUGCAUCAUUGACCUGAUAGAUUAACUGAUUGAUUUUUUUUCUCUGCACUGAUGCUGAUUGACUACCCAAUUUUUAAAGGUGCAUUGAGUCCUAUUUCUCAGAAAUUUAUUUCUGAGAAAUAAUCUAUAUUUGCAUCACUUUUAAUUCUGGAGAUGACUUGUAGUCUGAAGGUUUUUAUUACAAUUAGAUACAUACUUUUUAGACAAUUAGUCAAAUCUUUAAGAGAGUUUUAUGAUGACAAAAAGAAAGGGUCUUAACAAAUAAACAAAAUUAUUUCCAAAGUAAACAGCUCCAUCAAAUCUGUUCAUUUAUUUGAGGAAAAUUUAGUAUACUUGCAUAAAGCUUUGUACAAGAUGUCUCGCACCACAAGAUGAUACUUUGUAUCAAUAGAAAUGGUAAAUGCUUGGCUAGAAUCUGGUUUCAACCCCACAAUCCAAAUCUAGUUUAUCACUGGAGGUAUUUUCACGGUUAACAGAUAUUACCCUCUUGAGAAAAUCUGUAGAUGCUGAAAAUCCAAAACAGCACACACACAAUGCGGGAGGAAGUCAGUAGGUCAAGCAGCAUUUAUGGAAAAGAAUAAACAGUUGAUAUUUCUGGCUGAGACCUUUCUUUACCCUGACUUUUUUUAAAACUUAAUUUUAAGUAGUGAUCUGGGUAGUGGUAGUGUCGAGAAUACUGGAAGUUUGUAGAUGAUGCUGAAGUUUUGACAGCUGACAGUGUAGUCAAAUUUCAGAUGUAUUCAGAUGUGUUGUAGAAUGGGAGAUGGUGUUUAAUUUGGUGUUUUGUAUGUUGGUUGGAUCAAUAUUAUAAAGAGAUUAUGAAGGAAAAACAUACGUGUGAUGCUGUUUGCAGAUUAUGAAACUUCAGUGACUUAUGGAGAAACUGGCAAAAGCUAUAGUUAAAACUGGAAAUGAUUGGAAAAACAAAGAAACUCUACACUUUUUUUCUAAUGAAUUAUCAAUGAUCAGAAAUUAACUGAGGCGGCUUGAAUAUUUCUAGAAUUUUCUUUAUUUCAGAUUUCUGGUAUCUAAUGUAACCCAAUCCUUUGCUAACUUUAUAUAAAACUAUAUCAAUGGACUGUGAACAUUUGAGACGCUGCCUGUCAGAGUUACCCACGCCCAGUUUUAGUUUUACUCUCUGGUGUUCCCUGGACUUGGAAACGGUCCAAAGGAGAUUCAGAAGAAUGACUGCCAACCUAAAGAUUCAGAGCUCAUAUAACAGACUUGAAGAUCUUUGUCUGUUUGCAUUUAAGAACUAAACUUUCUCUACCCAAGUCAAAGUUGGUCCCAAAUUGAGUACAACUUGGGGGAAACUUACAUUCUGCAACUUUCUUUGUAUUCAGCAGACGACCUUAUGGUGCCACGUCCACUGAAUGUCUGCUGCUUCUGGUGUUCCUAGCCAAUCUCCCAACCAAGUACUUAUUUUGAAUCUGCUGAGUUUGAGAUUUGUUGGAAUCAGGUGCCCUGAUACAGUUUGUUUCAUUUCUCUUUUAAUUGUCUAAUAUCUCUAUAAAUUAUUUAGAAAUGUACUUUUCCACUUGCUACUUAGCCAAAUUUAAAAGUUUUUCCAUGACUUGUUAUGUUAUUGCACUUAACCAUUCUGGGAAGAUUUGAACACAAUGGAAUAGAUACUCUAACAAAGGUUCAGUAUGGGCCAAUUCCCCAGUGGAAUUGACUCCAGACAACAUCCAUGCAAAGGUGAAGAAGAAAAUGGAAAAAAAAAAGCAAUGGGAUGCAUAAAUAUCAAAGGGAGAAACCAAACAGUGAGUUUCAAUAUUCAAACUUUAUGGUUUUGUGACUUAAAACACAUACAGACAGCUAUAGACUAUAAUCUCAAAUGUCUUUGAUCCAAUUUCCUCCUAUUCAAAAUGCUCCAGAUUGAUUUAAAACUAUUUGUAAAUUCUUUCUAAACUUCAAUAUUUUCUUGCCUAGUUUAAAAAUAUUCAUUGAAAAUUCAGACUGUUUAAUUUGAAUUUGGUAUGAAAAAUAUUUUGACUUUUUGGCUAAUUACUGUUCGGUACUGUAUCAUGUAUUAAAGCUAACCAUGUGCAAUUCAUUGAUUAAUGUAGAAACAGAGUCAGAAUUGCACAGACUUAACAGGUCCUUUGUCCCAACUUGUCCAUAUGUAUCAAGUUGUCCACUUGAGCUAUUCCCAGUUUCUACAGACACUCCUAUAAAUGAUAACUGUGAUGUUUAAGCAACUUGGAAAAUGAAUAGAAUGGGAAGUAAUUAACUCAGUUGUCAUUGACCAAACUUGAAAUACCAACAUAUACUUAAAAAUUGGCUUGGAAGCUUAAAAAGUAAAUUGAGAUUUAAGUGCACCCCAGACUACCUGUUUUGUUGGACAGUGUACUAUUAUUCACAAAUUCCUAGCUACCCUCUGAUUAGGGAAGUCAAUGUCACUCAGUGAAUAUUACUCAACUAGAAAGGAAAUCACAAUUUAAUCUGAACUCCAUAACACCUUUUGUACAAUUCAAUUCAUCUUCCUGAAAAGGUUCAUUGAUAGAAGUCAACCCAUUUUCACCAGGGAAUCAGCUUUAUUAUUGCAGCAACUGGUUGUGUCCUUCCAAGGGUGAGAACCUAUAGUCAUUUGGAAUCUUAUAUUUAAGGAGAUAAGUCAUUGCCCUAUUUACCAAAAAAAGUGUUUGUUUUCAUUUGUUUAUUUAAGUGCACUAGUGUGAAUGAGAGAUUAGUUUGUUAAAUAAAUCUAAAAUGGAAAACUGUACUAGUACCAGCAAUAGUGAUCACAGUGUCCAUCAAGUUCACUAGAGAGAAAAUAUUAGAACAUUUUCUGCUCCUUAACUUGUCUGGAUUUAUAUGCGUGCUCUCAGAUAACUGACCUAAAAUGGUCCAGGAAACCAUCUGGUACAGUUAUAGAAUGAUUAUAAAUUAUAGCCAAACCAGUGUAAAAAUAUUAAAAAUAAUCAACAAUCUUCAAUGAUUACCAAAGUUUUUGUAAAUUUAGAAACUACAGUUUAUUGAAGUGGUGCAAGAUGAGAAAUGUCAUAAGUACAUAGUUCUUCCAAAAUACGAGGGGUGAUUGAUAAAUUCAUGACCUAAAUU